AUGCUGCGGACGGCGCGGCAGGCCCAUUACCAGCCCAGCGGCGGUGCGGCGGCGAAUCGAGGACCUGCUGGCUACGAAGCCUACCAGCCUCAGCAGGCCCAGGCUCAGUCCUUCAGGCCACAGGUGCAGGCUGCGCCGCAGCAGCCGUACGACCCGUCCGGCUUCCAGGGACAGCCGGCACCGCGGGGUAGGGCCACGGUGCAGUCCUUCGGCGGCGGGCUCGCCAGGCCCACGCAGCAGUCGCAGCAGGGAGGACAGCAGUCCCAGAGCGAAGAGGAGGAGGAGGAGAAGCCCAACCCCCUAACGCUUCUGCUCGAGAAGUCUACGUUCACCUGCUCAAGCAAGACGGACGGCUAUUACGCGGACAACUCGGUCAACUGCCAGGUGUUCCACUACUGUGUCGGUGGCGCCAAGCACUCGUGGAUGUGCCCUGAGGGAACAGUGUUCCACCAGGUGCACCUGAACUGCGUGCCUGCCAGCCAGGACAUUUGCAACACGGCCGAAAAGUUCUUCUUUGUCAACGACUACCUGCAUAAGGAGCUGGAGACCCGUGGCCCCAACAACACUGUGCAAUACGCCCAGCGCUACUACCCCGAGGGAUACGUGCUGGGUGACCCCUUCACAGCGCCCGCUGCUGGCCAGGCCCCCCGUGCACAGGCACCCCCUCAGCAGGCCCAGUACGAGCCCCAGCCACAAGCCCCCCCCGCCAGGCAGCCCUUCCGUGGACAAGCAGCCCCUCGUGGACCCCCCGCCCAGUUCCAGCCCCAGCAGUUCCAGCCACAGUCACCCCCACAGUACAGCUCCCAGCCUGCCGCAGCUCCCGCACAGUUCGGAGGAGCCCAGCCCAGCCGAGGAUCCAGUGGAAGCGGCUUCGGCUUUCCCCCGACACGCACCUACAUAAUCCCAGCUCCCAACAAGGCACCAGCAUCAGACGCAAACCCAUCCUACCUCUACCGCCAGGGUGCCGCCUCCAAUUCCGCCCAGUCCCAUCAGAGCUCGGUCAAAUAUGACGACGACUACUGAGAGGCAUAGACACAGUCAAUACAGCCUGAACAGAAGUGGCAUCAAACCCCUCAUUGAUUCAUCACAAGUCUCCAGCCAUGGCUUCCUUUGUGACGCUGACAUGAGAUAACUCAAUGAGUUAGUGCCACAAUGAUUCACCUGGCACACAUUUUGCUCCACAUCGAGGUCUUAGUGCCUGCAAAGACAAGAACUCUGCACUGUCUAGCCAACAGCUUUUUUUUUUUUUCUUCGUGUGUGUGUCUUCGGUACAAGACGACAGGCAGUCCUUCGAGUGGUAACGUACAGAGCCCAGGCAAGACACCUAUUCCUGAAGAUGAUGGUCUGGCUUUUGAGAGUGUGUUGUUUCAUUCCUCUUCUUAUGUAAGGCUUGCCUCUUCUCUGUUUGCACUGAUUGGACAGCUUGACGCUGCUGCUGUGUUGGUGUGGCACAAUGGCCCCACCUUUUCCAAAUGUGCGCAUACCAUGACGUUAAACCGUUUCACACUGCUUUCGUUUGCAAGAUUGAAAGCAUGUCAGUGAGGUUAAAGCAGGAAGAAUGGAGCUUCCUGUGCACGUAAUAGACAGCAAUAACAACAUGACCAACGGAUAAUUCAGUGACAAAAACACGAAAAUGUGAAAAGAUUUCAGGGUCACAAAAAGACUGCUACGUUAAACAAGCCUACAAGAUUGAAAAAAAAAGAGUUGCCAAAGCAAGUGUGCACAAUUGUGUGCAGAAUACAACUAGCAUCACCGUAGAGGUCACAAAUAUAAAGCGCUAAGUGCAAUAGCUUCACGUGACACUUUUAUGAAAGAGCACAUUCACAGCCUUCAGGCUGCUCUGUCUGCGGGCCAAACAAAGUUAUGUGCGCUGUUGGUGCUAGUGAAAAUGGCAAUAUAAAUAUAUAUAUAUCUCAUAUAUCUCUUUUCAUCAUAAACAAGUGGAAUAUGAUUACUGGAACUGUGGAACUGUACAUUCUGGAACAAAAUGGUACAUAGUGUGUUUUUUGAAUAAAGUUGUGUUGUCACUA